AUGUCCAAAGUCGGCAACGGAUCCUCAGACCACGUGCAACAGAACGUCAAGGGGUUCGACUAUGGCGGCUCGCUCAAGGAGUUGACCGAACCGCCCAAGUUCGACAACGUCGAGGACGAGAGGAGAUACCUCAAGGAACGACUCGCCGCGGCUUUGAGGAUCAUUGGACGAUUGGGCUUUGAUCACCAUGUCGUGCGUAUACGCCGCACGACCUAUCCUUUCCUGUUCCCCAGUGGCGGAGUCUCUCAGUUCCGGGCCCAAAACCCACGGUCGCUAAACUCCACACUUUUCGACCCCACCCCGAGCGGAUCGCGCGAGCGACUGGAGCUCGGCGUGCUCGCCGACACAGAGGCGGAGCCGCUGAGCCACCGAUUGCUUCACUUCACCGUAACUGACCUCAUUCAUGCUUUGUUAGGCUGGACACUUGACCGUUCGCGAUCCCGAGAACCCGCAUAACUUUUGGGUCAGUUACAGGCAGUAGACUUUGUUCGACUUUGAAUCUCGGUGGCGAAACUGCUCGGUGCUGACCUCCACGCGGGCUUCGAUAUAGGUCAACCCCUUCGGUCUCGCUAUGAGUGGUGCGUCGACUUGGCAUUGUGAUCUUUUUCCGAGCCUGUGCUUACCCUAUACUCCUGCUCUCCAACAGUCAUGACCGUGUCGGAUCUGAUUCUGGUCUCGGAUGAGGGCAAGGUCAUCGGAGGUGGAAAACCUGGUCGACGCGUCGUCAACGUCGCCGGUUUCCUUGUCAGUUCGGAUCGAGUUCCCAAGAAGAUGAGGUUCCAUUCGCUGACGCUCGCUCAAUUCAACGCAGAUCCACUCUGCCAUUCACCGCGCUCGACCCGACGUCGUGGCGAUCGUUCACUCUCACUCCAUGUACGGCAAAGCCUUCUCGACCCUCGGCGAGGAGUUACCCAUCACAACCCAAGACGCCUGCUCCUUUUACGGUCAUAUCUCUCUCCUAACCCAAUUCGGCGGUGUCGUCGUUUCGGGAGGUGAAGGGGACUUGAUCGCCAAGACGUUGGGGCAGAACAAGGCCAUCAUCUUGCAGAACCAUGGCAUUUUAACCGCGGGCCAAUCGAUCGAUUCGGCGCUCAACUGGUUCGUCAUGCUCGAGGCCCAGUGCCAAGUCGCACUUCUUGCAAAGGCGGCAGGCACCCCGGUUCUCAUCGAUGAAGCCCGUAAGUCAUUCCGGCGCAGCGUCGUCUUGCCGAGCGGGCAACUCCUCACGUCAUUUUGUACUUUAUCUCAGAGGCUGUCUUCACCUUCAAAGAGACCGGUUCGGAACGUUCGGGAUACUUCAUGGGUGAGUCCUUGUUCUGUGAUCCAGGUUUCUUAUGCUCGUGAAGUACUCACUGACAUUGUGCCUCUAUUUGCGCGCUCAACCCAACUUUUCUCUACCAGCUUCUCCCCUGUAAGCUGUCUCCUCCACAUGCACAGCAUCAGUCAAAGCCAAAACUGACUUCCACACUCUCUCAUCCCAUAGCUUCCAACAACUCGAUGACGAGGUCGGAGAUGCGUACAAGAAAUAG